CGCGAACUAGAGCGGCACGACCGGCCGGCGCCGCGGCGAUCUGGCAUGGGGCGCCGUGCGGUACUCGAGCACGAGGCGCUGGACCUCGAGGUUCGGGGCAGACCGGUACGCGUGUUCGGCAGUCCUGGACGCCGCGCUGCGGCAGCUGGGCCUUUCAGUACGACCCCGAUGCGUCGUCAUGGUCGUCGCCGUCGAUGCGCUGGGGCGCACGCUGUGCCGCCCCGGACCGACGUCCUUCUCGUACACGGGCCGCCCAGAGCCCACCUCGACGACGGAGGCAAAGGGUGCGAUCAGCUGCUCGCCGAGCUAUGGCGUGCCAGGCCCGCUGUGGUUGUGUUUGGCCAUAUCCAUGCGGGGCGGGGGAUCGAGUGGCUGCGCUAUGACAGGGUGCAGUCGUGCUACGAGGCUGUUGCCGCCGGGACGUGGCGACGAUGGCUGUCGUUGGUUGGGUUGGCCGUGUCCGUCCUCUGGCUGAUGGUCUCUGGCCUGUUCGUUGGCCUCACGAGCAAGAGGCAGCAAGCCAGCGGUACGCUGUUGGUGAAUGCUGCCGUCGUGGGAGGGCCGGGGAACAGGGAGCGAAGGCAUGCGAUUGUGGUCACGAUUUAG